AUGCUCCGCAGCCUGCUGCGCCGGAGCAUUGAUGUCAGCAUCUCCGAGCACCGGGUGGCGACGUUGACCAUGAGCCGAGCGCCGGUCAACGCGUUCAACAAGGCGUUGCUACAGACCCUCCGUGCUGCUCUUCAGGAUGUCCAGCACGAAGCCAAGGCGGUUGUCUUGACUAGCGAUCUGAAGUGCUUCUGCGGUGGUUUAGACCUGACCACCUUCACACAACCGCGAACAGAGCUGUUGAGUUUCUGGACUGAGAUGGAGGAGACGUGGCGAUCUCUGUACAUGUACCCCUUGCCUACAGUUGCGGCCAUCAACGGCUCCAGCCCAGCUUGGGGUUGCGUGAUGGCCCUCAGCUGCGAUCACCGGAUCAUGGUCUCCAAGGACCGCGCCAUCAUCGGCCUGAACGAGGCUGCCAUAGGAGUGCAGCCCACGCGGUGGAUGCAGGCCUUGCUGGAGCGCGUUGUGGGAUACCAGGAGGCCGAAAGAAUGCUGCUGCAGGGGCUGCUGCUCGGUGCUCCGCGCGCAGCACAGCUAGGACUUGUAGAUGAGCUCUGCGAAGCUCAAGAGUUGCACGCGCGGGCAACGCAGCGAGCACUUGACCUGGCUACAACGCCUCCUGCGGCCUACGCUGCUUGCAAGCGAAGCUUUCGGAGUUGGGUCUGCGAGCUCUCGGGGCCACAGAGUGUUGAAGCAAAGGCUUCAGAAGAAGGCAACAUGAGUUAUUCUAGCAAGAUCGAGCACAUCACGCUGGAUGAGGCGCACUUCGAGAUUGAGGCCCACGAGCAGCUUAAGAUCGCUGCCGAAUGGCUGUGGAAAGAAGUGGACCGACAUGCUCGUUUCAUGUCAAGCUCUUGUCUGCUCAAGCUGUUUUUUUGGGAGCAGCUGCCCCUGACGAAGCUGUACAGCAGCCGGGACUCAAUCAAGCAUGUGAGUGCAGAUUAUUCGACAAUCCGACUAGUUAUGGCGUAUUUGUGGAAUGUACUGCGGGAGGAGAUCACGGGCACCAUCGACGACCUCCGCGAGAAGGGAGCCUGGGGGGCCCUGAAGGAUGCCACCUUGGACGCAGUGGACCUGGUUCAGGAUGCAGGAGGCGCUCUCGUUAACGGCACCGCGCAGCUGCUCUCCCUUGAACGGCCCUUGUUGCGCAUCGAGCCCGAUGGUCGCGCACCGGAGUCGGGUGAUGAGGUGCAGAUCAGCCUGUCAAACGGUCAGCCACCAGUCAUGGCCAAAGUCUAUGCCGUGGACAGCAUCUCCGACCCUCCGAGAGCGCGUGUGAUGCGCAUGGACACCGGCGAGGAGGUGCUUGUGGAUAUCAUACGAGUGCACUCCGACGUGAUCCAACAGCAGCCGGUGAAUUGGGUUGUGGAUGAAGUGGGACGGGCAGUGGUGGAAGUUCGGGAGAAAGGUCCGGGUGUCUUGAAGGAUGGUGUUCUGGACACGGUGGAUAUCGUCAAGGAAUCCGCCACCGUAGCAUUGACGGGGGCGCAGCGUUGCAUCGCCACGCUGCGAGGUGAUGCCGUUUCCGCUGAGCCGCUGGCGCCCUGCAACCCCUCCCUGGAGCAGAUGUACGGGGACCAGCAGAGUCCAACGAAGCUGCCCGGGAGUGUUCCUCUCCCAAAGACGCCCGCUGAGCCGAUGCCCAUCCUCUUGUCGCCUCGAGAUGACGGGGCGCAAGCAGGAAAGACUGAGGCCGCGGUACCGGCCAGGCCGGAUGCAGAUGAUUGGUACAACGAUGACAAAGCUGAGGAGGUCAUAGAUUGA